CAAUGUCUAGUAGAGGCACUUGGAGUAAAACUUCAGAAGGCAGUGACAGAGAUGGACAACUAUAAAGAAAUGCUUAUGAAUAAAUCUAAUGAAGCUGAUGACUGUCAAAGAGAACUUAGAAAACUGAAGUUUGAAUCCGUUAUUUCUGAGUCACAGCAUACUAUGCUGCUUAAGGAAAAAGAAGACUCUUUAAUGACUUGUCAACAAAUAUAUAGAGCAUUACAGGAAGAGCUGACUGCAAAAGAAAAACAAGAAGAAGACAUAAAGAGAAGAAUUAACCUUGCAGAAAAUGAACUGGAGAUAACCAAAACUCUUUUGAAUCAGACAAGGGAAGAGGUUUUAACCCUGAAAAAUGAAAGGGAAUUGAUGCUGAUUUCACAUCAGAAAAGCAUCGAGCAGCUGCAAGAAACCCUUAGGCAGAAGCUGCUGAGUGAUGAUAACUGGAAGGAGAAGAUUGAAGCAGAACUUGCCAAGGAAAGGGCCCAACACUUGGUUGAAUUUGAAGAGCAAGCUCUUCUCUUUAAGGAAGAAACGAAACUGCAACUUGAUAUUGAAAAAGAAAAACACCAAGAUAUAAUCCAAAAGUAUAAGAAAGAACAAGAGGAACUACAAAUGAAGAUAUCUGACUUAAUCACAGGCGCUACAAGAGAUCUAAGACAGGAAGUGACCGCUCUUAGAGAAAAACUUCACGAAUCCCAUAUUCGGUACACUGAAGAAUCUGAGUCAAAGGAAAAAGAAAUUGAAAAUCUUAAAAAUUUGGUUGCAGAAUUUGAAUCUCGCUUGAAGAAGGAAAUUGACAGUAAUGAUUCAGUUUCAGAAGACUUGAGGAAGGAAAUGAAACAGAAGUCAGAUGAACUGAAAAGAGUAAUGCUGGCUCAAACACAACUGAUAGAGCAAUUUAACAAGUCCCAGGAAGAGAAUACUUUUCUUCAGGAGACAGUGCGUAGAGAAUGUGAAGAACGCUUUGAACUGACAGAAGCUUUGAGUCAAACCAGAGAACAGCUCCUGGAACUCAGGAAGCUUCGUGGAAGUUUACCAUUCUCACCGUGUUCCCUCAGCAAGGGCAGCCUAACCUCCCCUGCUGCAGCGGUCAGUAAUCAUGGAGAGAGAAGCCUUGCAAGACUGAACUCUGAAAAAGGAAUCCAAAUUCCCAGCCUGCGCGGAGUGUCAAAACCCACCACUUUCCCAACCUCAGAUAAGCCCAAGAGGGUUGGCAGCUCAGGCUUGCCCAUUCUCCCCCAGCCACAUCCUCCCAGGGGUGGAGCAUCUUCAGCAAAUGAGACUAGACAGAGACUGGCUGCCAUUCUUAGGAGGAGGCGGAGUCAGCAAUGAUCCAAAGUGAGGAGCAGGCAGCUCCCCACAGCGUGCACGCUCUUUCAGAGAGUGCCAGGAACUCACUGUAACUGAGAAUGACAAAGAUAAAAUUAUUUUCACAGAUCAGGAAGGCAUACCUAUAGAUAUAUUUAACAAAAGACUGUAAAAAGCUGGAAAAUUGUGAAGCCAUAUUUUUCAAGAGGGUUUUGAUAGAGUAACAGAUAAUUAAGUUGUUGGUAUUCCAGAGGUCUGAUUUCUAUAUUUAUGUUGAAAUGUGCUCUAUGAAUAUAGCCUUUUAGAGAUCACAGGUAAAAUUUUUCACCCAUAACAUCUUUUCCAUUUCUUGCACCACUACAAGCAGAUAUAUUUCCACAAAAAAAAA